AUGAAAGUAAUUACAUGUGAAAUUGCAUGGCACAACAAAGAGCCAGUGUACAGCUUAGAUUUCCAGCAUGGAACUGAUGGUAAAAUCAAUAGACUGGCUUCAGCUGGCGUAGAUACAACUGUUCGUAUAUGGAAAGUAGAAAAAGGACCAGAUGGGAAAGCAAUUGUGGAAUUCUUGUCCAAUUUAGCUCGUCAUACCAAAGCAGUGAAUGUCGUACGUUUUGCUCCCAGUGGUGAAAUUCUGGCUUCUGGUGGUGAUGAUGCUGCAAUUUUAUUAUGGAAGUUGAAUGACAACAAGGAGUUAGAAGCAGUUGCAUUUCAAGAUGAUGAGGAUGAUAACCAGCUGAACAAAGAAAACUGGACAGUAAUCAAAACUUUAAGAGGUCACCUGGAAGAUGUAUACGAUAUUUGCUGGACUCCUGAUGGAAAUUAUAUGGCAUCUGCCUCAGUUGACAACACAGCUAUAUUAUGGGAUGUCAAUAAAGGGCAAAAGGUUUCUAUUUUCAAUGAACACAAAAGUUACGUGCAAGGAGUUACAUGGGACCCUGUAGGACAGUACAUUGCGACUCUUAGUUGUGAUAGGAUACUGAGAGUGUAUAACACACAGACCAAGAGAGUGGCAUUCAAUGUUACUAAAAUGUUAUCAGGAGGAGGAUCUGAAGGAGAGGUGAAAAGUUAUAGAAUGUUUCACGAUGACAGCAUGAAGUCCUUUUUCCGGAGAUUGACUUUUACUCCUGAUGGUUCUCUACUUCUGGUUCCUGCAGGCUGUGUGGAAUCAGGUGAAAAUGUAAUGAACACUACUUAUGUCUUCUCCAGAAAAAAUCUGAAAAGACCCAUUGCUCAUCUACCUUGUCCUGGGAAGGCAACAUUAGCUGUUCGUUGCUGCCCUGUCUACUUUGAAUUGAGAUCUGCAUGUAACAAAGAAGAAACUUCCCAAAAGAUUGGUCUAACAAAUCUGCCUUAUCGGUUGGUUUUUGCUGUUGCUUCAGAGGAUUCUGUGCUCUUCUAUGAUACACAGCAAACCUUUCCUUUUGGUUAUGUAUCUAACAUACAUUACCAUACUCUAAGUGACAUUUCAUGGUCUAGUGAUGGAUCAUUUCUUGCUAUUUCUUCUACGGAUGGAUAUUGUUCUUUUGUGACAUUUGAAGAAGGUGAACUUGGAAUCCCAUUGAAAGAGAAGCCAGCCAUUAAUAUCAAAACACCUAGCACAGCGGAAAAGAAAAUUAAAAAGGGUCAGUCUCCAAGUGUUGUCUCUCCAGUUUCAAAACCAGUGGAUGGCAGUCUUAAGUCUGGAGAACCAUCAGCUACAUGCCAGACUCCAACCAAUAGUAAAGACUUGUACUCCAUACCUGUUACGGUUAAAAACAUUUCCAUGUCAUCUUCUGAAGAUAAAAAAUCUGGGCAGCCAUCAGUUCACACAUCAAAAGUAAACCAAUCCAGGAGGGUUACAUUGAAUACUCUACAAGCAUGGAGUAAGUCACCAAGGAGAGUUGCAUUGAUUCCUCUAAAAGCAGCUACUCCAGAUUCUUCCAGAAAUACAACUCAGCAUGAGAGACCAUCACCACCUGAAGACCAAUUACAAAAUCCACCAUCACCUAAGCGACUAAGAAUGGAUGAAACUCCAUAAUUGGAUUUCCUGAAAAUGAAAACAAAAUAUAAAUCCAUCGAAAUGCUUUAUUACGUUGGGGACCUUUUUCUACAACACAGUUACCGUACUCUGUGAAAGAGGUUUACUCAGAAUGGCAUUUGCCAUUAUAAAACAUGACUUUGUGGUGAGGAAGAAAAUGCAUCAGUGUUUUUUAGACAUUUUAAGCAAAGUAUUGGCUACAUAAUGGACCAAUAAGGAUUUACAGAUUAUAUGAGAAAGGCAUAUGUGUUCUGUUUUCUUGGCUCUGUAUCUGGUAGAGAAAUCAUUGCUUUUCAAUUGGCAUUUACUUAAUUAUUUAGCUAAUUGACACAGUAUAACAUUUGUAAACUAAUAUAUUCCUUCUCUCUUUCAAAUCUUUAAGGUGGGCAGUUGAUUACUUAGCUGCCCUACAUUAGUUAAAUGAAAGUAUCAGUAAAUCUGAAUGUUUUCCUUACACACCAAGAAAAAUGUACCAGAGAUUAGAAGUUGGAUUUAAGUUUGAAAGCCUUCACUACUUAAAUUUUCUACAUUCAUUGUAUCCAAGCUCAUUAAAAAGAAGUCUUCAAAUGUC